AUGGACCGGAAGAAGGCGAGCAACAAGAGCAUCCCCUACAAGGAGUUCUUCUUCGUCACCGUCAGCACCAUUGCCUCUGCUUUGCCAAUAUCGUCCCUGUUUCCCUUCUUAUACUUCAUGAUCGAAGAUCUGCACGUGGCCAAAACAGAACAAGAUAUUGGACUGUACGCUGGUUUUCUUGGUGCAUCUUACUUUAUUGGUCGAUUUUUCGCAUCGCUGUUCUGGGGUGUAGUGGCUGAUCGUAUCGGAAGAAAGCCAAUCAUUAUAUUUUCAGUCGCUUCAGUGGUCAUAUUCAACACUCUGUUUGGGUUAAGUGUGAAAUAUUGGAUGGCAAUUACCACAAGAUUGCUUCUAGGUGCUCUCAAUGGCAUGCUUGCACCAAUAAAGGCUUACUCAAUCGAGAUUUGUCGACCGGAACACCAUGCUCUUGGGUUAUCAAUUGUAAGCACUGCUUGGGGCUUAGGUCUUAUUGUUGGCCCAUCCAUUGGAGGCUACUUGGCACAGCCUGCACGGCAAUAUCCAAACAUAUUCUCUGAGAAAUCAAUUUUUGGGAGGUUCCCGUAUCUCCUGCCAUGCCUAAGUAUUUCCAUCUUUUCUGCUGUGGUUCUAGUAAGCUGCAUAUGGUUACCGGAGACACUUCAUAAGCACAAGAUUAUAGACAAUGAAGUAGAAAUGUCCGGAGAUCCAAGGACUCCGCAAACAGAAGAUAUACAUCCAGACAAGAGUCUAUAUAAGAACUGGCCAUUGAUGUCUUCCAUCAUUGCGUAUUGUGUUUUCACGCUUCAUGACACUGCAUAUACUGAGAUACUUUCCUUGUGGACCGUAAGUGACAGUAAGUAUGGUGGGCUAAGCUUUUCUUCUAAGGAAAUUGGUCAAGUUCUUGCAAUUGCAGGUGCUGGACUUAUUGUGUAUCAAAUAUUCAUCUAUAGACCGGUCCACAAAUAUCUCGGAAGUGUAAAUUCAUGCCGUGCUGCAUCUGCCCUGUCCAUACCACUUAUCGCUGCUUUUCCCUUCAUGACACACCUGUCAGGAUUAAAACUUGGACUAGCUCUUUAUUUUGCUACUAUUUUGAAAGCUGCUCUUGGGAUAACUAUCCUGACAUGCACUUCACUUCUUCAGAACUAUGCUGUGCCACAACAUCAAAGAGGCGCCGCAAAUGGCAUAGCGGCGACUGCGAUGUCCUUCUUUAAGGCUAUUGGUCCAGCAGGAGCAGGCGCUUUGUGA